UGAAGAACCUGGAAUAAGAAAUGAUUGUGGACAUUUGAGACCAGCACACUUAAAUCCACCUAGUGAUUUACCAACACCCAUAGAGCUCACACCACACAGGGAGCAGAGAUGGUGAGGGUUGAAGAGCUGCUUGCUGACACUCUGGAAAAUUUGGGACGUGAAGAGCUAAAAAAAUUCAAGUGGAAACUGCAGGUCGGAGAUGGCUUUACCCCAAUCAGAAAGUACCGGCUAGAUGGGGCGGACUAUCUGGAGACAGUAAAUGUAAUGGUGCAGACACACAACCAGCAGGCUGUGGAGGUGGCCCAGAAGAUUUUAAGCAAGAUGGGGAGGUUAGAUCUGGUGGAGAAAUUGUCAAAAAGAUGCUCAGAACCACAAGGUGACGAGACUCCAGCGCCAGAGCCUCCAGAACAGAUCAUACUGUACCAACGCAAUCUCCAGUCGAACCUCCAGAACAGGUUUAGAUGUGCUCAAGAGGGCAUGACGGAGAGGAAGGAUGAGCAGUGCCUGAGUGACAUCUUCACGGAGCUGUUCAUCACAGCCGGGGGGGAAACACACAUCUAUGAGCAACAUGAGGUCGUGCAGAUUGGGAUGAUAAAGGGAAGGGUAGCAGAGACGGAGAGGCCAAUUCAACCGAGUGACAUAUUCAAAAGCCCUACUGGAAAACAGAAAGCCGUAAGAAUAGUGCUGACGACUGGAGUUGCAGGAAUUGGCAAAACAAUCCUUGUAAAUAAGUUUGUGCUGGACUGGGCUGAGCAGAGAACGAAUCAAGAUGUGCACCUGAUAUUCCCCUUCACUUUCCGUGAACUGAAUUUGCUAAAGGCAGAAAAGUUUCGUUUGACAGAGCUGAUCCACACAUGUAUCUGGGAAACCAAAGACAUGCCGGAUAAGGAGCUUCAAGACAUUUUCAUCAAACUUCAGGCAUCAGGAAACCGUGAUUUUGACAAGAGUGAAUUUAAACUUCUGUUUGUGUUGGACGGACUGGAUGAAAGUCGUCUUCAGCUGCACUUAACUCCGAGUGAAAAGCCGCCAGCUGCCUUCGACGUGACAAAGUCAACCACGGUGGAUGUGCUGCUGACUGCCCUCAUCAACGGGACGCUGCUUCCCUCUGCUCGCGUCUGGAUAACCACGCGGCCUGCAGCAGCCAACCAGAUCCCGCGAGACUUUGUCAACAGCAUAACAGAAGUGAGAGGGUUCACUGAUUCGCAGAGGGUGGAGUACUUCCGGAAGAGAUUCCCGGAUGACAAUGAAGCCAGCAGAAUUAUCCCCCACAUCAAGGCAUCGCGAAGCCUCUUCAUCAUGUGCCACAUCCCAGUUUUCUGCUGGAUCACUGCUACAGUUCUGGAGAACGUUUUAAAGAACAGAAGACAGGCAGAGCUGCCCAAAACCCUGACGGAGAUGUACACCGAAUUCCUGCUGUUUCACAUCGCCCAGACAGAAGAGAAAUGUGGCAUAAAAAAGAGCAUUGAAUACAUCCAGUCGUUAGCUAAACUAGCUUUUCACCAGCUGAUGAAAGACAACCAGAUCUUCUAUAAGAGAGACCUGAAAGACAGUGGCAUUAACCUCCGCGAAGCCUCACUGUACUGUGGAGUUUUCACGCAGGUCUUUAACGAGGUGCCGAGGUGGAAGAGGGACAACGAUAAGGCCGAGAUGUUCAGCUUUGUCCACCUGAGCCUUCAGGAGUAUCUGGCUGCCCUUCACGUGGUUAUGACGCUCAUUAACGACAACAAGAACAUCCUGUCUGAGCCAAAGGUAACACUGGAAUGUCUGUUGACGCUUUGCAAGAGAAAGUCUUUAAACGAAGUCCACGAGAUUGCACUUGAGAAGGCCUUACAGAGUCCAAAAGGGCACCUGGACUUGUUCCUACGCUUCCUCUUGGGCCUUUCCCUGCAGACCAAUCAGGAUCUCCUUCGGCGUCUGUUGAAGGUGACAAAGGAGUUCUCUGAGGACAACCACACGAUAAUCAGGUCCAUCAAGAAAAAGAUCAAGGAGAACACUGACUCUCCAGAGAGGAGCCUCAAUCUGUUCUACUGUCUGAAUGAGCUGAAGGAUGAUUCUCUCGUGGAAGAGAUCCAACAGUACGUGAAUUCAGGGAGUCUUUCCCCAGACAAGCUCUCUCCUGCACAUUGGUCAGCUCUGGUCUUCAUCUUGCUGUCAUCAGAAGAAACGCUGGAGGUGUUUGACCUAAAGAAAUACUCUGCAUCCGAGGAGGGUCUACUGAGGCUGCUGCCGGUGGUCAAGGCCUCCAACAAAGUGCUGCUGAGUAACUGUAAUCUGUCGGAGGACAUCUGUGAAGCUCUGGCCUCCGUUCUCAAAUCUCAAUCUUCACAAGUGAAAGAGCUGGACCUGAGCGACAACGACCUGUACGAUUCAGGCGUGAAGCUGCUGUCUGCUGGACUGGAGGAUCCACAUUGUACCUUACAGAGUCUCAGGUUGUCAGGCUGCAUGGUAACAAAGGAAGGCUGUACCUCUUUGGCCUCAGCUCUGGAGUCCAACCCUUCCCACCUGAGAGAGCUCGACCUGAGCUACAAUCAUCCAGGAGACUCUGGAGUGAAGCUGCUGACUGCUGGACGCAACAAUCCACAGUGGGAACUGAAAAAUCUCAACCUUGAGUACAGCGGAGCGCAAAGACUGAAACAUGGCCUGAAGAAAUAUGUCUGUGAACUCACGCUGGAUGAAAACACGGCACACGAACACCUCAAACUGUCAACUGACAACUGCACGAAGGUGACGGCCGUAAAAGAGGCGCAGCCACGCCGCGAUCACCCAGAGAGGUUCAACUACUGGCUCCAGGUGCUGUGUAGCAACGGUCUGACCGGUCGCUGUUACUGGGAGGUCGAGUGGGAGGGCAGGGUUUAUGUAGCGGUGACGUACAGAGGGAUCAGACGGAAAGGAGAGGGAGCCGACGGCUGCCUCGGAGCGAACGACCACUCCUGGUUGCUGCUCUGUGAUGAUGAUGGAUACACUUUCCGACAUGACGACAGAGCGACGUCCAUUCAUCUCCCGUCAUCUCCUGCAUCCAACAGACUGGCAGUGUUCCUGGACUUUCCUGCUGGCACUCUGUCCUUCUACAAACUGACCUCUGAUGCUCUGGUUCUCCUCCACACCUGCCAGUCCACAUUCACUGAGCCUCUUUACCCCGCGUUUGGGUUUGGGUUUGAGUCUGGAGUUGAUUGCUUUGACUCGUCUGUGUCCAUAUGUGAAGUGGAGGAUGACAUGUUCUCCUCCCGCUGUUGACUGUUGAGUUCACUCUGUUGAAACUCCAGAAAACGUGAUCUAUAUUUCCGGUUAUUAAUGUGAAAUUAAACUACCUACAAACACGUUUUCCGUGUUUUUGAAACACUGGGAACGACUUUAAGACGACGGAGUGUUGAAAUAAUUGUCCACUGAAAUUCUUUGAGCAUCAAUCAGUUUUUUUGGAUGUUGUUGAUAUCGGUCUUGCAUUUUUGGCUUUGCACAAUGUUCCUGAGCCCACGCAGUAAUAUUUUUCAUGCUGCCGGAUGGGUCGAUGGUCACGGACAUUCAUCGCUGCUGAGAUUUCUCUGGAUUCUUCGUUGGACUGUUUGUUGUUGUAGUUGUGAACGUUGCCCAUCAUGUACCUGUUACCAAUAAAACCUGCAUAAUGAUCCGAACAGGCGUUUUUUUAGGCAUCCUAUUCA